AUGGCGCAGCUGACUUCGACCAAAAUUCACAAAGUUAUGAUUGUGGGGAAAGGAUACAUUAGAGGCUACGUCUACAAUAAGCUAGUUAACGCUAGCUUUGAAGUCAUACCGCACCAAUACAAGCUGAUUAAUGCCGCUAGCGCUGCAGACACUGUCAAGCACUUCAUCCCUAGUGACUUCACCGCGCUGUCUGUGAGCCCUGAGCUUACUAAUCUGCCGUUCUACAGAGAUGCUGUUGCCAUCUGUCUAAUUGUUAGUUGUGUGCUGAAUGGCAAUAAGAACAGCCAUAAGGUUGGUAUGAUGCAGGGAUACACCAUGAGUAAAGCAGUAGCCUUAGUCCUUAGUAAAUCAAAGGAAAUAAAGAGCAGACUAAUAUUUAUUCAUGAUUCUAAAGAGAUUCUUUGGAUUGCGGAGGAGAAACCUGGCGUGAAAUGGUCUGUGUCCCACGUUGAUCCUGAAACUAAACUUCAGGACAGGUUGCACAUGUUUGAGGGACCUCCCAUUUUCACAACGUUCCUAAUCAUACACUCCACUAUCUUUGGUAGCAAGUACAAGACUAACAGGGAUGGAGAGGGGAACAAGACUCUUAGUAUUCCGCUCUUAGAGGAUCUGAUUUUGCAGAGGGUUUCUAAUACGCCUAUUGAUGGAGGCCUACUGUGGAAUUCAGGACCUAAGCCAAGAAAUCAAAUGUUUAUAGCAGCACACCGCGAUUUCUGA